CAAAGAAUUUUGCGUGAAAGAUUUUGUCAUCAGAGUUCACAUAGUAACCUGUUUGGAUUACAAGUACAAUACAAACACUUAUUUGAGUUGCUAAAAAGAACUGCUAUACAUGGAGAAAGUAACUCUGUGCUCAUUAUUGGACCCCGAGGAGCAGGAAAAACCAUGUUAAUAAAUCAUGCUUUAAAGGAACUCAUGGAAAUAGAAGAUAUGAGUGAAAAUUUAUUACAAGUUCAUCUAAAUGGAUUGUUGCAGAUCAAUGAUAAAAUUGCUGUAAAAGAAAUCACAAGGCAGUUAAACCUGGAAAAUGUAGUUGGAGAUAAAGUUUUUGGAAGCUUUGCUGAGAAUCUUUCAUUUCUUCUGGAAGCUUUAAAAAAAGGCAGUCGGACUAGCAGUUGCCCAGUGAUCUUCAUUUUGGAUGAAUUUGAUCUUUUUGCCCAUCAUAAAAACCAAACACUACUUUAUAAUCUUUUUGAUAUUUCUCAGUCUGCACAGACUCCAAUUGCAGUAGUUGGUCUUACAUGUAGAUUGGAUAUUUUGGAACUCUUAGAAAAAAGAGUGAAGUCACGAUUUUCCCACCGGCAGAUACACUUAAUGAAUUCAUUUGGUUUUCCACAGUAUCUUAAAAUAUUUAAAGAACAAUUGUCUCUACCUAUAGAAUUUCCAGACAAGCUUUUUGCUGAGAAGUGGAAUGAUAAUAUUCAGUGUCUCUCAGAAGAUAGGAAUAUACGAGAAGUAUUGCAGAAGCAUUUCAAUGUCAACAAAAAUCUACGAUCAUUGCACAUGCUAUUGAUGCUUGCUUUAAAUCGCAUAACAACAUCACAUGCAUUUAUGACAGCAGCAGAUCUGAUGGAGGCAAGUCAGCUGUGUAGCAUGGAUUCUAAAGCAAAUAUUGUACAUGGUUUGUCAGUCUUGGAAAUUUGUCUUAUAAUAGCAAUGAAACAUUUAAAUGACAUCUAUGAAGAGGAGCCCUUUAAUUUUCAAAUGGUCUAUAAUGAAUUUCAGAAGUUUGUUCAAAGGAAGGCUCAUUCCAUUUACAAUUUUGAGAAACCUGUUGUCAUGAAGGCUUUUGAACACUUACAACAGCUAGAAUUAAUAAAGCCCGUGGAAAGAACGCCAGUAAAUGCACAGAGAGAGUACCAGCUGAUGAAACUACUUUUGGAUAAUACUCAAAUUAUGAAUGCUCUGCAGAAAUAUCCCAACUGUCCUACAGAUGUUAGGCAGUGGGCAACAUCGUCACUAAGCUGGUUAUGA